AUGGCGAGCGGCAGCGACAGAGCCGAAACGAAUAUCGCGCAUGCAGCACCGGACAUCCUUGACCUUUUCUACAAGUAUGGAAAAGCUCUAGAAGAAAGCCUUGAAACAUUUCGUAGAGCAGAAAGCGUCUGGGCUAAUCCCGGAGAGUUUGGACAAAGCCUAAGCGCGGAACAGCUAAGGCUGGACAUUGAAUUCGCUAGGGCUGCAUACACCACGGAAGGCUUCGAUCCUUCUCUCAAGCAAUCCCUUAAGGAGCAACUUAAGCGGCUGAGUGACGAAGUCAUGAAUGCCAAAUCAUUCCUGGAAGACCAGAGCGUCCAGGUUCAAGGGAUCACCAAGGCUCUCAGAAAACACCAAAAAGACCUUUCGGACCUCCUCGGACUUGUGCGGCUGAGAGAGAUGCGAUUGUCGGAUGAAAAAAUGCCAACGACACCAUCUCAUGAACCGAGUCCAGUGUACGAGAAUCUUACAUUGUCCCGGGAUGAAAUUCGCGUUGUGCGCCUUCAUCCAGCAACAGCUUGGGAUGACCAGAUAGAUUGCAGCUUAAUGACGUUGUGUCUCAGUGAUCCUGAGAGGCCACAGUAUCAGGCACUAUCAUAUGUCUGGGGAGAUGCACGUGUGACUGUUCACAUGAAAGUAAAUGGGCUACUUUUCAAAGGGACCAAAAACCUUGUGGAUGCACUUCGCGCCCUCCGAUUGCAGGACCAGGAGAGAAUAAUUUGGGUCGAUGCAAUCUGUAUCAACCAGCAAGACGCUCAGGAGCGGAAUGAGCAGGUCAAGAAGAUGGCUGAUAUAUAUCGCAACUCUAGCGCAACAGUAGCAUGGCUAGGCUCUAGCGCCAGGAGGUCGGAUCAGAGACCACCAGGUAUGACGCACUUCCAGGAUUCCAGACCCCAAAUAAGUUUUAACAUGUCGCAGAGCCACUAUAUGACGUUAUCGCAGAUCCAUCAGUUGUGGACACAGAUUUAG